AACCGACAUCACUCUUCUUCCUUCGUUCUCUUCGUUCUCUUCCUCUAUUCGCUUUUCUCUAACUUUGCUUUAAUCUAUCUGCCCGGGACGGCUCAUUCAUUCGUUUAUUUGACUUACGCAACACACACUCUCGAAAUCGACCAUGCUAUCUUUCGUUCUCCUUCUACCCUUCGCGUCCUUGGUGACUGCGGCCAACAACUGGGCUGUACCCUGUGUCGGCGGUACCUGCUCUUAUGAUCUGCCUGCAACGAACUCCUCCCAGGCGUCUGGCACUGUCACCGUCUGGAGUUCGAACACGGAUGCUAUCAGUGACAUCACCACCGCGGCCAACUGGGAGAUCCUGGGGUGUGAUCCGCACGCUACCUCACAGAACAUCCGGAUCGUCUGCAACACAGACGCGUCGAGCGCGCACUGCGGACACCUGUUCAGCGGUGCUGGCGCAGUGCACAAGAUCAUCCGGCUGCCUGAAAGCUGUGGAGGGAAUGCAUUUGCACGAAUCUCCAAGGUCUCUGUCGCCAAGAACCAGAACAUACCCCGUCAUAUUGCCAGCCGCAUCGUGCGACGUGGAUCUACGAAACAGCAGGUUCAUGCUAUCUCGUUUGACACAAACUUUGCCGCGGUAGAUCACAGCAAAUCUGGCAAUGUGAAUAUCGCGAUCCAAGGAGCCAACUUCCCUGGUGCCGCGUCUGCGACUCCGCUUUCGCCUCCCUCGAGACGGGACUCUCGCCUGGCCCAGCGCGGCUUGUUCAGCUCUAUCAAGCAAUCCGUCUCAUCGAUCCUGCACAACUCCGUUUCGGCCAACAAGAAUUUCAACCUGCCACCCAUCAACUUUAACAAAGACGUUGUUCUCCUUGACAAAUCCGUCAAAUGUGGCCCAGUCACUGCUUCCCUCAAGGCUGACCUGAAUGCCAAUGCGCAUGCCACCGCUGGGGUUGUUGUUGCCGCGCACGGGACGAUCCUUCCUCCCAAACUCACAGACUUUUCCGUCAUCGCGACUCUGAACGGAAAUGUCCAGGGAACACUGGAUCUUACGGCUGAUGUUACAGGAACCAUUGAUUCCGGAAAACUCCCCCUGGUAAACAUCGGGAUUCCAGGAUUCGAUCUUCCUGGGAUCCUGACCGUUGGUCCGUCGUUCCAAGUCGACGCCGAGCUCACGGCCGCAUUCGACGUCCAAACGGACCUUAAUGUCGGAAUCAACCUCAACGUCGUGAACGCGCAGCUUGCCUUCCCCGCUGGCUCUUCGGCUGCACCUGGCGGUAACUCGCUCUCGCUCGGCGACACGCCCCUCACGUUAUCUGCGAGCCCGUCGGUCAAAGCGACCGGAUCCGCUACAGCGCACCUCAUCCCAUCGCUGAAUCUCGGCGUGUCCGCUCUGAACGGCAUCGCCUCGGCGGAAGUAUUCCUGGCGAUGGAUGCCAACGCCGCGCUCAAAUUGUCGCUGGAGGCGACAGCCAGCGCCAAGGCCAGCACCGCGCUGACGGCCCAGGCUACCGGCAAGAAGGCCCGUGAGCACCAGGAGCUCUCGGAAAUCGACGAGCGUGCUGCGACAGCCGACUUUGGAGGCUGUUUCGAGGUCGAUGCUGGGAUCGAUGUCAACGUUGGAGCAACAGGCAGUUUCUUUGGGUUGUUCAAGCAGAAUGUCCAAAGCUCGCUCUUCCACAAGAGCUUUGUUAUCUUGAAGAAAUGCUUUGGUUCUUCCGCAGUCCAGAGACGCUCCCUCUACGCGAUCUCGCAACUGACUGCAAGCAUGGCUGAGCGAGAUCUCGGACUGGACCGGCGUGCGGGCUUGAGCUGUGCGUCCUCGUCGGCCAAGACUCCGGCACCGUUGUCGAGCGGUACCGUCAAGGCUGCUGCCAUCAAGGCUGCCUGAUGAGACAAGGCCACUUAUUCUGACUACAUACAUAUAUGACUCUCAUCGCUGAGCUAGUGUACUUACUGUUGGGGAAAAUGGGUCGAAGGGUCGAUUAGAUAAUUGUAGUGUAGGUUUGCAAUAGCAAUGAGAAUUGAACUUGAAUUGCUU